ACAUACAGUAAACAAGCAGAAGAGUCGAGAAGAAGGACUGCGUACGAGGACCGGGAAGGAAGUGCACCAGCACUUGCAUGAGUCCAAUCCUGCCCCACCUGUCAGAGAUCGCUUCCCAUUUCAUUCACUCCUUGACCCCGUUCCUGCCCGGAGCCAUGCAUCCUCAGCGUCCUCUUCCCCAGGCCAUGCCUGCAUCUUCGUCUUCUUCAUCCUCUCUAGGGCAGCAGCUGAGAGAAAUGGCAAUGGGUCUCGGCCGCGGAAAGAACUUGCUCGGAGGGAACGCAGCCUACGGAUUUGUGCAGUCGCUGAAGGAGUGCCUCUACUUCCUGCUUUGCUGCUGGUGCAUCAAGGAGAUACUGGACUAGAACAAAGUUGAUGGAGUCGGCACGAUGCAGUUGGAGUGAUUUUUGUCUUUUGCUAUUUAAACAGAGGAUGCUGUUGGUUUUUCCCUGGACACAUUUACAAGCUUGCUGAUGUGGAGCUCAUGAUUGUGACUGUGUGGGGACUCCUUGAUCAGAAUAAACGACUUCAUCAGUGGAAUCA